AGAAGUGGGUUGGGUUAUGACAGGAGGGGAGGCUGUCGGGAAACAGGACCACUAUUAAAGGCAGCGUGACACAGACACAGAGUACCGUUCAGUGACUCCGUUGAGGAGAGAGAACCUUUACAAUGCCAGAGCCAGUCAAAAAACCAGUUUCAGCAUUUGCCAGGAAACCAAAGACUCAGGAGGCAGAGGAGGGUUCCUCCGUGGUCUUUGAAGCAGAGACUGAGAAACCCGAUGUUAAAGUAAAAUGGCAAUGCAACUCAAAGGACAUUACCAGUGGCGACAAAUGUUUGAUCGCUGCUGAUGGGAACAAGCAUUCCCUCACUAUAAAAGAUAUCACCAAGGAAGAUGCCAAUGUCUAUGCAGUGAUUGCUGGUGGGUCGAAGGUCAAGUUUGAGCUGAGGGUCGUAUCAAAGCUAGCUGAAGCUGAUGCCCCUGUUGAUGGACCUGGGGAAUCCAGUGAGAAGCCAGAGCCGGCCCCUGCAGCGGCACCCACGGAGGGAAACGGCACUGCUCCAGCACCUGACGCUCCUCCAGCUGAGGAGGCAAACCCUCCAGACACCAGACAGGACCUGACUGGGCUCUUCACCGAGAAACCACAAAGUGGAGAAGUCACCGUCGGUGAAAACAUCACAUUUGUGGCUAAAGUGAAUGCUGAAUCCCUGCUGAAAAAACCCACCAUUAAAUGGUUCAAAGGGAAGUGGAUGGACCUCGCCAGCAAGUCUGGAAAACACCUGCAGCUGAAGGAAACGUAUGACCGCAGCAUCAAGGUGUACACAUUCGAGAUGCAGGUGAUUGCUGCCAAGCCCAACUUUGCUGGAGGUUACAGAUGUGAGGUUGCAUCCAGGGACAAGUUUGACAGUUGCAAUUUUGACCUGGCUGUGCAUGACGCUCGAGCUCCUGAGGGACUGGAUAUAAGAGCAGCUUUCAGGCGCACUAGCGUAGAUGGACAUGAGGAUUCAGGCGAGCUGGACUUCAGCGCCCUGUUGAAGAAGAGAGAUACAGAAGAAUCAAUCACUUCUUUCGACCCCGACGUGGAUGUGUGGAAUAUUCUUAGCCGAGCUCCUGCUUCAGAGUAUGAAAAGAUUGCUUUCCAGUAUGGCAUUACGGACCUGAGAGGCAUGCUCAAGAGGCUGAAGCAGAUGAAGAAGGAAGAGAAGAAGAGUCAAGCUUUCCUCAAAAAGUUGGACCCUGCCUACCAAGUGUCAAAGGGACAAAAAAUGAAACUUGAAGUCGAAGUUGCCAACGAAGAUGUGGAAGUGAAGUGGCUGAAGAACGGACAAGAAAUUCAAAAAUCUGGAAGCAAGUACAUAUUCGAGAGUGUCGGCAACAUGCGCUACCUCACCAUCAACCACUGCUCCCUGGCGGAUGAUGCCACGUACACCUGUGUGGUGGGAGAUGAAAAAUGCACCACUGAGCUCUUUGUUAAAGAGCCUCCUGUGCUGAUCACAAAAAAUCUGGAGGAUCAGAUGGUCAUGAAGGGUGAGCGUGUGGAGUUAGAGUGCGAAGUCUCAGAGGAAGGAGCCAGUGUUAAAUGGGAGAAAGAUGGUGUGGAACUUACCAGAGACGAGUCUUUCAAAUAUCGCUUCAAGAAAGACGGCUGCAAGCAUGUGCUAAUCAUUAAUGAGGCCACCAAAGAGGACUGUGGCCACUACAAGGUCAAAACAAACGGCGGCGAGUCGAUGGCUGAGCUCCUGGUGCAGGAGAAAGAGCUGGAGAUCUACCAGAGCAUUGCAGACCUCACGGUGAAAGCAAAGGACCAGGCCGUUUUCAAGUGUGAGGUGUCAGAUGAGACCGUGAAGGGAACGUGGUUCAAGAAUGGCGUGGAGGUCAAGCCUAACGCCAGACUAAAUAUCACACAUAUUGGCAGGAUCCACAAACUGACCAUAGAUGAGGUCAAACCAGAGGAUGAGGGAGAUUACACGUUUGUGCCUGACGGGCACGCUUUCAACCUCUCUGCUAAACUCAACUUCUUGGAGGUGAAAAUAGAUUACGUGCCACGUCAAGAUCCUCCAAAGAUCCAUCUUGACUGUAUGGAACGCACCGCUGAGUCCACCAUCGUGGUGGUGGCUGGAAACAAACUCCGACUGGACGUCCCCAUCACUGGAGAUCCUGCUCCCACAGUGAUCUGGACCAAAGGAGAGAAGGUGAUGACAGAAGGGGACGGCAGGGUCCACGUCGAAACGACCAAGGGCCACUGUGUCUUCACCAUCGAAGGGGCUGAGAGGCAGGAUGAGGGGGUCUAUUCUGUUGUGGUGCGAAACCCUGCUGGAGAAGACACCGCUGAUAUCAAUGUGAAAGUUGUAGAUGUUCCAGAUCCUCCACAGGCCCCCAAAAUUCUCAGUGUGGGCGAGGAAUCCUGCGUUAUUCAGUGGGAGCCACCUAAGUUUGAUGGCGGACAGCCAAUUAUUGGAUAUGUGCUGGAGAGAAAGAAGCUGAAGAGCUACAGGUGGAUGAGAUUGAACUUCGACCCUGUCGCCCAAACCACCUAUGAGGCCAAGCGCAUGAUUGAAGGUGUGAGCUACGAAAUGCGAGUCUACGCCGUCAACGGCAUCGGCAUGUCCCGUCCCAGUCCUGCCUCGCAGCCAUUUGUGCCAGUCGCCCCGACAAGUGAACCCCUCGCACUAGGUGUCGAUGACAUCAGCGACACAACCAUCACGCUGAAAUGGCGGGCUCCUGAGAGGAUCGGCGCAUCGACACUCGAGGGUUACGGGAUCGAGUACUGCAAGGAAGGAACUGAAGAAUGGAUCCCAGCAAUGGAGGGUCUGACGGACAGGACAUCGGCAGUCAUCAAAGACCUCACCACCGGAGACAGACUGCAGUUCCGGGUGCGAGCAUACAACAUGGCGGGACCCAGCGCUCCUGCCACUCUGGCUCAGCCCGUAACCAUCAGAGAGAUUAUGCAACGCCCUAAAAUUUGGCUCCCAAGAAAUCUCCGCCAGACUCUGGUGAAGAAGGUUGGAGACACUGUCAACAUAGUGAUCCCAUUCCAGGGCAAGCCCCGGCCAAAGGCUAUUUGGAGCAAAGACGGGGAACCUUUGAAUCCCUCAUUUGCUAAUGUGAGGAACAGCGAAGUAGACACAAUCCUCUUCAUCCGCAAGACGGACAGAACUCACUCGGGGCAGUAUGAUCUCAAAGUGCAGAUUGAGAACGUGGAAGAUGAAGCGAAAGUCACCCUGCAGAUCGUUGAUCUCCCAGGGCCCCCGAUGGCUCUGAAGAUUGUGGAUACAUGGGGCUUCAAUGUGGCGUUGGAAUGGAAGCCACCUAAGGACGACGGCAACUGCGAGAUCCAGGGUUACACCAUUCAGAAAGCUGACAAAAAGACCAUGGAGUGGUAUACAGUCUACGAGCACUACAGGCGAACACACUGUGUCGUGUCCGACCUCAUCAUGGGGAAUGAGUACGUCUUCCGGGUGUAUUCCAUCAACCUGGUGGGCCUCAGCCUGGAUCCCUGCGCCACAAAGGACAGUGUGUACAUCCAGAAAACAGGCAUCAUAUACAAGCCACCGAACUACAAGGACCAUGACUUCUCAGAGGCCCCCAAGUUCACUCAUCCUUUGGUGAACCGUUCCAUCAUUGCGGGAUACAGCGCCACCCUCAGCUGCGCAGUGAGAGGAAUACCAAAGCCCAAAGUGACCUGGUACAAAAACAAAAUGGACAUCUCAAAUGAAGCCAAGUACCGGAUGCUCAGUAAGCAAGGUGUCCUGACGCUGGAGAUCCGUAAGCCGUGCCCGUUCGACGGGGGCGUGUACAUGUGCAAGGCCAGCAACGCCAGUGGGGAGGACGUAGUGGAGUGUAAACUGGAGGUUCGCCCACAAGUCCCAAAGGAGGAAAAGAAAGACGCAAAGAAGUGAGCGUUUAUAGCUGUGACUGAAGAGCAGAUGGAUGAUUCUCCAACACGUCGACUGUUUUGUGCCAAUAGACUCUUCAUCUGCAUCAAAAAUAAAAAAAAAAGUGUUAAUCCA